ACAGCACCAUCAGCAGGAGCAGUAGCCACCGCCGGGGAGACGGGAGCUGUAGUGUUGUUUAUUCCACACAAGAUAAACUUUUCUCGACAAUGUCGGGAUUUGACAGCAACCCCUUCGUGGACCCAAUGGACAUACACCCCUUCCAGGAUGCCUCAAUCACACAAGUUACCAAUGGAGCCUCUGAAAACGUUGGGGAGUUCAACCCAUUUUCUGCCAAUGACAUGGGAACCCACACUGGCACUACCAUCCCCAUCUCUGCUGCCUCCUCUCAACCCGCCAUCCUCCCGACGUCCGUGGAGCAGAGCGCACAAGAAAAUGCAGCUGCUGGCCAGGCUAACCUGCUCAAACAGCAGGAGGAGCUGGAGAAAAAAGCAGCCGAGCUGGAGCGUAAGGAGAAGGAGCUGCAGAACAGGUCCGGAGGCACAGGCAUUAAAGAAAACAACUGGCCACCUCUUCCCAAUUUCUCCCCUGUGAAGCCCUGCUUUUAUCAGGACUUUGAGGAUGAAAUCCCAGAGGAGUAUCGCAGUAUCUGCAAGAGAAUGUACUACCUCUGGAUGUUCCACAGUGCCACUCUCUUCCUCAACGUGCUGGCCUGCCUGGCUUACUUCACUGCAGACUCUCAGUACGGCGUUGACUUCGGUCUGUCCAUCCUCUGGUUCAUCCUCUUCACCCCCGUGUCCUUCCUCUGCUGGUACCGGCCCGUCUACAAGGCCUUCAGGUCUGACAGCUCCUUCAGCUUCUUUUCCUUCUUUUUUGUCUUUUUCUUCCAAGUGGCAGUGUACAUCAUCCAGACUGUAGGGAUCCCCAAGUGGGGAAACAGCGGAUGGAUCGCGUCCAUCAGCAUGAUCAACAAAAACUUGGCUGUGGCUGUGGUCAUGAUGGUGGUGGCCGGUUUUUUCACUGUAAACGCUGUCCUGGCUGUCAUCUUACUGAAAAUGGUCCACUCUAAGUACAGAAGGACAGGUGCCAGCUUCACCAAGGCCCAGCAGGAGUUCUCCCACGGAGUCCUGACCAACCCAACUGUCCAGACUGCUGCGACCAGUGCUGCCACCUCUGCUGCCCAGGGAGCCUUUGGCAGGAGCCAGGGAAAUUAGACUAUUUUUCACAUCCUACGUGCUUCAGGCUAGUCUCUUCUCUGGCCAACAGAGCCAUCUCCCAACAUACUUCAGCGGGUUUAGGGAUGGGGGUUUGAUUAUUUAUGAAAAAGGCCAAAAAACAACUUAUGAUGAAAGAAAUUCUUCUCGCUACAAUAUGAGCCUAGUGAGCGUCCCUAUUUUCCACUUAUAAACUUUGAAAAGAAAAAGGCAGUGCAUACGACAAGUUAGAGGUCUUUUAUAAGCAUGCAAUGACUUGCAUGUCUCGGUUGUUAUUGAACUCUCGACCACCCUCAUCAGUAUACAGCGGUAUACAAAUUCAUGUUUAUACUGGGAAAUGUAGGAAGGAGUUAGAAAACUGAAUUUGAAUAAAACAAGUUAAAGGAGGAGGCAGAGUGGGUAUGACACAAAAGCAAUUGGAAGCACCUCAUCCCAAUAUAACUAACUGGAAUACAUUUAACAUAGUUGACUAAAGAUAAACAUGAAAGUUUCUGCGCUGCACCAGCGAACAGGACUGGGGAUUAGUGAUAAAGUACAUUUAUUUCAAUCCUGUCACUGUUUAAAGACGCUGGCAGAAAGUGUUAGGAUUUUUCUAUCUCUCAGUUUUAUGUAGAAAUAACAGACUGGGGCCUCAAAAAUAAACACUGCGAAGAGUUGGGGUUAUUUAAAAAGCAUACUUGACAUGAGAAUGUUUUACCAUCAUUGAAUGAUGGAUCCACUUGAUGUAUGUAUACAUAUUUUUGGCAUUAAGGCAGCAAGUAGAGCGUUGCAGGGUAACUGGUCUAUCAUCCUGCCUUAUAAACAAUGUUAAUACAUACAGUACACUACUGAUCGUUGCUGUUUGAAUUCUGCUCUAAAUCGUAUGUGUUCUCGUGUGUAUUACUGUAUCGGAUGCUGGUUAAUGAAGGUGACGGGAUGAAGGUUUUUUUCUUAUACUGUUUUGAUCAGUUUACUGAUGUAGAUGAAGUGAGACAGAGUUAUUCUAAAGGCAAAUGAAGACGUGGUUUAACUGGGAUGGCACAUUUUAAUUUAUGUUGUUGUCAAGAAUACCAUUAUGUUUUCUGUAUGGAGCCUUGCUGUGAUUAAAAUGAAAGACACAGCACAGGAUUGUAAUUGUAAAGUUAGUGACAGUAUAGAAUUGAGUGCAUUUACUUGGAGAAGUGUAUUAAUGAGCAGAAAGAACACAAUAUUUAUCUGUCAAUUAUCCAUUCUUUAGACUUUGUAUUUGUAGUAAAUAUACUGCAGAUUAAAGUCAUGUUACUGAAUAGUUGCAGACUUUCUACCUACUUGUCGUUAGGUAUUAGCAUUUUCCCAUUUUUACUCAUGCAUAUAUAUAAUAGAAUAUAUAAGCUGUCUGAUCUUUUGUUACUGUAACACUGAAUCAUUUUGUUUUGUUCCUUUUGUUGUAACCUCAGUGCCUUUUCAGCAGAUUUCCUGUGGGAAUUUAAGCACAAGGCUGUUGGUUGUAGUUUUGUCUCAUUUUGUUUGUCUUAAUAGUAAAUAGAGAAAUUAGUUUUAUGUUGAAAUGUUCAUCAAUGAUCAGAAUGUGUGUUAAGGUGUGUUGUACAUAUUGGUGACCUAUUUAAAACAUAUUUACUGGGGGGGAUGGGUACUUGCUGGAAAUUGAUUCUCAGUCUUAACAUUCUUGUUGAAUGUUGUGUAAUUCUUUCCCUCUUUCAGAAACUGUUGAUCAUGUGGCCUGCUAAGUAAAGAAUACUGUACAUAC